AAUUUUUAGGAUUAUAUUUUUAACAUAUUUCUAAGGAUAAUUGAAGUUAUUCGACAUGGAAAUACAAUCACUCUUUCACAUUAAAAGAUUCCCACGAACAAGAAGUCUGGUGAAUUUAGUGUUUUACUUUCCUAUUGGUGUGUUUUUAGCUGUAGUUCGUCUUUUUAUAUCUAUGCACGUUAUUGUCAUCUGUCAUAUUUUACCUCAUGGUUCAAGCAUCAGAAGAUUUGUAUUAAAAGUGAUGUCUGGUGUACUAGGGUUUCUAGUAACUGUAGAAGGAGGUGACAAGCUGGAACAAUGUUCAGCCAAAGUUAUUGUAUCGAACCAUAUCUCAAUCAUCGAUUAUUUUAUAACAGAUCUAGUAUUCCCUAAUCAGGCACCUUUGGAAAACUUACCUUCGAUUUUCAUACAACUGAUUUCAAAGUUUAAAAAAUUGCCAUCUAAUGUAAAUAAAGACCAGCUGCUCAACGAAGUGAAGUCUAUUUGUCAAGAGUCUCCAGUACCAGUUUUAUUUCAUCCAGAAAAAACAACAACAAAUGGUGAAUCAGGUCUACUUAAAUUCAAUACUGUACCUUUUGAACUGGAUCAUUCAAUACAACCAAUUGCAGUUCAGUGUAAACGGCCUUCAUAUUUUGAAAUCAAUAUUACUACUUUAGAGAGUUCCUGGUAUACUGAUAUCUUCUGGUGCUUCUUUCUUCCUUGUACAUUUUAUAAAAUACAUAUUUUACCAGUGGUACAGAAAAAGGAAGAUGAAUCUUGUGAAGAAUUGAGUGAAAGAGUGAGAAGUAUGAUAGCUGAUACUAUAAAUAUUACUACCACAGAUUAUACAUAUUCUGAUAAAAUAGACUAUAUUAAACAGUUACAUAGAACAUAUAGUCAUACAUCUAAUACAAAUAAUACAUCCCAUAAUAAUAGACCUAAUGAUGUGCAAACAUCCAGUAAACCAGUCAGCAGCAAUUCACCUGUGCCUCUAUCUUCUAAUCCUGCUAUUAAUAAUAUGGUGCAACAAGUUAAAACAGUUAUGCCACAUGUUCCUGUACAAGUCAUUUUAAAAGAUUUAGAGAAAACUAAAGAUGUAGAUAGAACUCUGACUAAUAUAUUAGAUGGUAUUGUACAGUUUACACCUGAAGAACCAGAAAGUCAGACAACACCAACAACUAAUAAUACUAAACAACAAACACCUUGUCCUUCCACUCAAAAAUUUAAAUCUGAUUCGUUUGGUAGAACUACACGAGAUCGUCAUAUGUCUUUUGAAGAGAGAAAGAAAGCUAUGAUUGAAGCAGCAAGACAAAAAUAUAAAGAAAAACAUAAUUUAUUAUGA